GUGUUCGUUGCAUUUCUUUCUCUUCGCGUUUUGUAGCAGCUGGUUUGACAUCGUGCUUGUGUCCUCAGUGGAUUAUUCUUAGUAAAACCUUUGAAAAAACUAGACUAAAAUGGCUUUCGGUGAUGUUAAGACUCCAAAAGGACUGCAGGAAUUGAAUAACUUCCUGGCCGAGCACAGCUAUGUCGAAGGUUACGUUCCGUCGAAGGCCGAUCUGUCGGUGUUCGAUGCCUUGGGCAAAGCACCAGCUGGUGAUUACGUUCACAUCCAGCGAUGGUAUCGUCACAUCGCUUCGUUCAGCAGCCAGGAGCGAUCUGCAUGGGGAGGUCAAGCCUUACCUCAGGUUGCCGGUGCCAAGCCAACCGUAGCAGCACCUGCUGCUGCCGCCCCUGCCGACGAUGAUGAUGAUGAUGACGUGGAUCUGUUCGGAUCGGAAGAUGAGGAAGAAAGUGCCGAAGCCGCUAAACUGAAGGAGGAACGCCUUGCUGCUUACAACGCCAAGAAAUCGAAGAAACCUGCACUGAUUGCCAAGAGUUCCAUCAUCCUCGACGUCAAACCUUGGGACGAUGAGACCGACAUGAAAGAAAUGGAAAAGGCAGUGCGAAGUGUUGAGAUGGACGGUCUGUUGUGGGGAGCUGCCAAACUGGUUCCUGUGGGUUACGGUAUCAUGAAGUUGCAGAUUUGCUGCGUUAUUGAGGACGACAAAGUGUCCGUCGAUUUGCUGCAGGAGACCCUUCAGGAAUUCGAAGACUACGUCCAGUCGGUCGAUAUUGCCGCCUUCAAUAAGAUUUAAACGCAAAUUGGACAAUUUGUCUGAAUACUCCGAAAUCAGUUCCAUUAAAGUUGCUUUAUAUUAAGA